AUGGAAGAUGUUUGGACACAGCAGUGGGACGAGCAGCUGGAUCCUCGCCUGAAUGCCAAGCAGAAAGAGGCCAUCCUGGCCAUCACCACACCAGUCUCUAUUUCCCUGCCCCCGAUCCUCAUCAUUGGGCCCUACGGCACCGGCAAAACCUUCACCCUGGCACAGGCUGUCAAGCACAUCCUUCGCCAGGACCACAGCAGGGUCCUGAUCUGCACCCACUCGAACAGUGCGGCUGACCUUUACAUUAAGGACUACCUUCAUCCAUAUGUUGAAGCAGGCAAUCCACAUGCCAGACCUCUCAGGGUAUACUUCAGGAACCGCUGGGUGAAGACGGUUCAUCCAGUGGUCCAGCAAUACUGUCUCAUCUCCAGCACACAUGUCACUUUCCAGAUGCCCACAAGGGAGGACAUCCUCAGGCACCGCGUGGUGGUGGUCACCCUCAGCACCUCCCAAUACCUCUGCCAGCUUGACUUGGAGCCCGCGGCAGAAGAGGAGGGAGGCUCUCCCUGGACGGCCGCGUCCCCACGGACGACCCCCUCCGCUGGGGUUUGGUCCCUGCCGUUGGUCUGCUUGGACCUGGAGAAGGACGGCCGUCUGAAGAGAGAGAGCUGA